AUGGAUGCGGAACGGGCAGCACGAGAGGCGUUGGCGGAGGCCAAAAGGGUGGGUCUGAGACAAGGAUUCAUGACUUUCCUCGACAACCGGAGAUGCGCCCAAUCUGCUGCGGCACGCGCGAAAGACCAUGAUCGUACACGAAAAUUGCGCAGGAGCAUACACCGGUAACAGCAGCAGUGUAUUUUAUAUUUCUGUCCUUCCUCCGAGUCAGCGCUCCCAGCAUUCCUGGCGUGUUUGUGUGUGUUUUCGUCCUCCAUGGCGACAGUCCCCCCAUUUUUCGUGGCGAGACGUGCACUACACUUUUCAGUGUAUUUUGUCGUACAACUACUACCAUCCAGGGUCACACAGGAGGGGGGUAAACACUGAGACUUUUUUCUUCUUUUUCUUCUUAUUUUUCGAGUAAGAACUCUAAUCCGUGGUCACAAAGAAGGGUUCCUCUCCUUGAAGCCCUUUGGUGUGCAGGCAGCUGGUUCCUAAAAGCAAAUAAAACAGACGCGUGUUGAGGUAGCCUGAGAGGUCUCGUGGUGGUGUUCAAUCACUGCAGGCACACGCGUUCCAGAUGGUUGUACGAUAUUUCGGGCAAGCCGCCCAAUCGCCCGUCGUUGUGCUGUAAAAAGCACCUUUUUUUUGCUUUUGUUGUCGGCUCGUUGGCGCGAACACCUUGCAGGUGGGUGGUUGGACACAGCCAGAAGGUGGCCAUCGAACUAUGGCAGCACAGCGUGCUAAAAGCGAAACAGCGAACAAGCAUGAAGAUAUGGGUCAGCGAAACAACUGUGUCCGAGAGGACAAGGCAACGCGCGCUAAGUUUAAGCGUGAAAAGGCUGAAGCAACAUGUUGUUCGCAGAAGGAACACGAGGGCAUUGGCGUCAGAGGCCGUAAAGUUUAGACGUGCUCGCCUUUGGGGGGUCCUUA